ACCAAACUCUUCCUUAUUUUUGCACCAAAUUCUAGUACACUCGUGUGCCUAAAACUAUCUCUUUUUUUAAAAAAAAAAAAAAAAACUUGUUAAAGUCUUCUCUAAAUACCACACUUUUUCUUUAGCUAUGGCAGCAGGGGCAGGAUCUCCUUGCGGAGCAUGCAAGUUCCUAAGGCGAAAAUGCGCAAUCGAUUGUAUUUUCGCCCCGUACUUUUGCUCCGAGCAAGGACCGGCCCGUUUUGCUGCUAUACACAAAGUGUUUGGAGCGAGUAAUGUGUCUAAACUUUUGUUACAUCUUCCCGUUCAUGACCGUUGUGAGGCUGUUGUUACUAUUGCUUAUGAAGCCCAAGCCCGGAUCCGUGACCCGGUUUAUGGAUGUGUUUCUCAUAUCUUUGCCUUGCAACAACAGGUGGCAUAUUUACAAGCACAAUUGAUACAAGUGAAGGCUCAAUUAGCCAACAAUUUACUAGAUAACAGGAGCAUAGCAAAUCAAUGGACCACAACAACAGUAACAUCAGGGAAUAAUAACACUUAUCCUGGCCUUCACAAGGGAGUUUUUCAGACUCAAAUUUGUCCAACUACAAGACCAACUAAUAAUAAUAAUAAUAAUAAUAAUAAUAAUAAUAAUAAUAAUAAUAAUAAUAAUAAUAGUUACAUAAAUAAUUCAAUAUCAUCACCUCAAAGUUCACUUGACUCAAUUGACCAACAAAAUAUGAGUCAAGAUCAUCAUGGAAUGAUGGUAAUGGCAAUGCAAGACUAUGGUAGAGUAAUUCAACCCAAAUCCGAGGGCUUUAUCGGAAAGAAAAGGUCACACGACGAUAUGGAUGAACUUGAAGAACUUGCCUUCAGAAUGAUGAGAAGUUAACAAUUUCAGUUGGAGCAAAUACUGUCUUUCUAUGGCAAUAUCUUUUUCGCAGUCUAUCCUUUUAUAAAAAAAUAAAAAAUAAAAUAUCAAUAGUGCCGGUUACUCAAACUCUAACUACAGUUUGUUGUUAAAGAAGAUAUUUAGUAAUACAAUUUUCCUUUAUGAUAGACUUUAAUUAAAAGAUUUAUGUUUGUUAGUGGUUUAUGACUCCUAUUCCACAAAUGAUUGUAAAUAUAGAGGAGCCAUAAUUUAUUUAGUAGUAUAAAAAUGUUGGCAUAUUAUAAGUUGAGACAAACCAAAA